AUGAACAGCUGUUUUGAGGUGAAUGAAACACUUCAACUGAAUGUUUCCGAGGAUCGGUUGGUGUCAAGGUGCACUAUAUGCAACACGAAGUUCAUCUAUAAACUCUUAUCAACUGAAGAGGCUGUAGAAGCUGCCAAGGGAUAUCAAAAUAUUCCUAAUUGCUUGUUCAACAAGAAUAUACAGUUAUGGCAGUGUAUGACUGCAAUCAAAUUUGCUGGGAGGCUGGGAAAUGCAAAAUAUAGCUCUGGACCCCUCUCUCUGCAAACCAGAACCUCGUUCUUUUGUGUAAAUGAAACAUUUCAACUGAAUGUCUCCGAGGAUCGGUUGAUGUCAUGGUGCACUAAACGCAACACGAAGUUCAUCUAUAAGCUGUUAUCAACUGAAUAG